AGCAGCAAGUGUGCAUCUCUGGUUUCCUGCAGCCGUCUGGAGCAAACUGAACCCCAGCAUGGAAUAAUCAACAGUUUAACGGGCUGCUUUGCAAUGCUAAAAUCUUGAGGAAAUUUUGCCUUUUAUUCUUCUCCUUCUUUUUCUUCAAUGGGGUUUCUUUCGCAGCUAAAGGUUUGGUGCUUUCUAGAGCAGUAAGUGGUUUGCUCUGGAUGAAGUUCAGAGAUCUGGGCAACACACUGUUCCACCUUUAGGAGCUAUGGAAAAGGAUUUAUCAUCUCAGGAGUCACUGUCUGACCUGAAAAGACCUUCCCCCAAGUCUAGCAAACUCAGUGCUGCUCCAUCUCUGUCAGAUUCCAGUAUGGAAAGAAACCCAACCAUCUCUGGAGCUAAGACUUUAAAUUCAAAUCCCAAAUCUGUGUCCACAGAAAUCCCAUCCAGCGUUGUUUCCUCUAAACCAUCCUCCCCUUCUUCAAACCAGACAUCUUUUGCUAUUUCUCCCAAUGUCUCAACCCCUCAAACCUCCAGGAUAUCAACCUCUUCCGAGUUAAGUGCUCCCUCCUCCUCAUCAGUCUGUAACACACAAAAAGAUCCACAUUCUUUUGCACCUGCGCCUGCUUCCAUGGCAGCGUCUGCUCCUCCAAAACGCACUUUUGCCUCCGUGGCCAAGCAGGUGAUAAUUCAGGAACGAAUUAGAAAAGCAGAAGCAGAGGACGUCAGUGACGAAGAAGACGAUGAAGAGCAAGAUGAAGAGCAGAGUGUGGAGCAGCUGGAGGAGAAGGCCAAGGGGGGUGAUUCAAGAGCUCAGACCCUGCUAGGCCAACACUACCUGAUUCUUGCUGAAGAAAAAGACACCGAAGUAAAUAACCGCCUGGCUGUAAACUGGUUAAUUAAAGCUGCCAAGCAGGGGAGAAAGGGUGCAGCGAGAGUCCUCCGACGCUGCUGGGUCAAAAAGAAAGGAAUCACUCCUGAAAAUGAAGCUGAUGUGCGCACGUUGUCAACAGAGAGUAAGUUUGAGCUGGCUGUUCGAAAAGCGGCCAUGAUGAUGUACUGGAGGCUCAACCCUGACAAGAAGAAAAAAGUGGCUGUUUCUGAGAUGCUGAAAAAUGUCAGCCAGGUCAAUGCGGUUCCAGGGGAUGGUGUAAAGAACAUUUCUGUCCCAACUUCCGGCCAGACUCAGAAAGUGUUGGAGAGCAUGGUCAGCAAUGACUCAAACCAGCUGGUGGACUUGGAUGAUUUUGUUGAGAUGACAAAAAAGUAUGCACAAGGUAUUGUCCCAUCUGCUUCUGAAAAAAGCCAGCCUGCUGCAAAUACCGAAAGUCUUGCACCCCGAGACACUGGGAGGGAGAGCAAGACUGAGACGGUCCCAACAGGUUACAAGAAGGUCCACAAAAGCUACUGGAGUUUUGGAUGUAGUGGGAUGAUGCUGGAUACUAAGCAGAGCGGAGCCAUUAAAAAGGCCAUGGACAUGAAAUCACGCUUAAUGCUGCUCCAGUAUCCUCUGCAUGUCGUUGUUGAGAUGAAGGAGCACCUGAUUGACUGGGCAUCGCGGGCAGGCGUGCAGUGGCUGAGCACCAUCAUCCCCACACAACACGUCAACGCUCUCAUCUUCUUCUUCAUCAUCAGCAACCUCACCGUUGACCUGUUUGCUUUUGUCAUCCCUCUGCUUGUCUUCUACCUUUCCUUCAUCUCCAUGAUCAUUUGCACUCUGAGAGUUUUCCAAAGUAGCAAGGCUUGGGAGAACUUUCGAGCUCUGACAUCUCUGCUGACUCGCUUCGAACCCAGCCUUGACGUUGAGCAAGCAGAAACCAACUUUGGCUGGAACAACCUUGAACCAUACCUUUAUUUUAUCUUUUCUGUCUUUUUUGUCAUUUUCUCCUUCCCCGUCGCUGAUAAGAAAUGGAUUCCAUGUUCUGAACUCUCCACCGUGGCCAUCUUCUUCACCGCAGUGAGCUACAACAGCCUCAGCCCCACCGCAGCAGCAUAUGCACGCCAGGCGUUGUUCAUAGAGGUCUUAUCAAAUCUGUGUGGCCUGACGCAGUUACUGCCAGAGAACAUGACAGCACUUCGAUUCCUGGGACACACUUUCAGCAUUCUGCCCCUUGGGAAAUCUGUGGUUCUGAAGCUCAGUCUUCCCUGUAUCCUGUAUGUUUACCUAUUCUGUCUGUUUUUCAGUAUGGCAAGAACGCGUGGUUUCCAUGGAACAUACUGUGUCCUGAUUCCCUACUUGGUUUGCUUCAUGUGGUGUGAAUUCUCCGUGGUCCUCCUCCAGAACUCCUCUGCAGUGGGGUUAAUCCGCACCUGUGUGGCUUACUUUCUCUUCCUGUUUGCGCUGCCCAUUCUGGCCUUUGGCCUGGCCACCAUGCUCUUCAUCCAAAUGGUCAAGUGGUUCCUAGGGCUGGAACUGACAAAGAUGAUAGUAACUCUGGUGGUGUGCGCCCUCCCUGUCACUCUACGGCUCUGGACUCGGUUUAGCACCUCUAUCCUGGAUGUCUUCCGCUCCCUGACGCACAGAGGCCCCGUCAAGUUGAUCUUACUCUGCAUAUCCAUGGUGAUCUUGUUCUCCUCGAUCUAUGUGUACCAUUCAGAGGGGCAAAAGGUAUACAACUCCACUCUGACUUGGAGUCAGUAUAGUCAGGUUUGUGGGCCCCCAGCGUGGGAAACCAAAGGCAUGGCCCAAACACAAAUCUUCUGUAGUCACCUGUAUGGCCACAGAGUGACCUGGACCGGACGUUUUCGACAUGUCAGAGUGGCCGAGACAGAAAAUGGAGCGCAGUCUGUCAUCAACAUGCUGCCGGUGUUCAUGGGAGACUGGAUGAGCUGCUUGUAUGGUGAAACAUAUCCCAAAUGUGAGCCAAGAAGUCCUGUGGUGACAAAUCGAACUUCUGUGGCCAUGGAGGAGAAGGGGGAGGAGGAUGCAAAUUCAGUAUCAGAAACAGUUCCUCUGCACGCACUGCUUCAAAUGCAGGAGGAGGAAGAGUUAUGCCAAAUAAAGGCUUUAGCCAAGCACACCUGCCACGUCAAGCGCUUCGACAAAUACAGAUUCGAGGUGACGCUGGGAAUGAUCCGAGAGGGAAGCGCACAGGCAGAAGACGCAGCCAGGGAUAUCAUUCUAAUGGCCAGUCAUGAGUUUAGACAAGUUCUGCUGAAUCUAAAGCCAGGUAACGUGGUGGAGUUUAGCACUAAACUGGAGGGCCGUCUAGGAGCGAGAGCUCCAGCCUUUGAGUUGAAAGCUAUUCACUGUCUGGACUGUGUUUCUUCAGGGUGGAAUGGGGGCAGGCAAGUAAAGAUAGAAAGGAACUGGAGGCGCACCACCAUGAAAGCCCUAAAAUUUGCUUUUGACUUUUUCUUUUCACCAUUCCUUUCUGCAAAUAUAUCUGCUUAAAAAAGGAAAAGAAAGACUUGAAUGAAUUCCCUUCAUAAAUUGAGCCUUUUUCUCAUAAUGUUAUUAUGAUAAACAUCUUAUCAUAUUGCUUGGAAACUGAGCACAUUAAGAUUUAAAAGAUAUUGUUUACUUUUAUUAUUUAUUGUUAUUAUUCUUUAAACCAAUCAGAGAUUACAGAAAUACAAGGAAAACUUGAGUUUCAAUUAUGCCAAACAAUAAAAUAAAUGCUGCCAAACGCCCUAAAAUGAAUUAAACAGGUUGAAGGUUUGCAGAAAUAAAGGGGGGAAAAGGCAUUUUCUGUUAAAAGAUGUAAAUACAAUUUUAAAAAAAUUUAAAAGGGACAAAAGUUAAAUCAUUUGGGCUCAGUACACCUUAGUAUGAGGUCAUGAACCAAAAACAAAGACACCAAUACAAAAUUUAAAAGUCAAACCAUUUUUAAGUCACCAUCAUUUUUAAAUGAAGAUCUUAAAACGUGACAGCGAAUAAAAAGCAGUCAUGAAAAUGUUCCUUUUUUUAGGAUAUAUUGAUCAAAUUUGGAUCAAUAGAACAAUUGUUUCUUUUUUGUUUCAAGUUUUCUUACACAAGUAGACUACAGUUUGAGGGACUGAGGGAGGUAGUUGCAGAGAAAUGCAUCCUAUUUACCUCUGAAAUCCAAGAUAAGGUUGAAUAUUUUGCAUUUCUAAUGAUUUCAACGUUAAGAUCCCUUGAAUAAGGGUGGUUCCUCAUGAGCUGUUCCAAUACCACUGACGUUUGGUCACAUUUUGAAACACUUAAAAACUAAUAUUUGCAAACUUAAGCUGUUGUCCAUGCUGCAAGGCAUUGCUUUUUUUAGGUUUGCUUUCCCAGUGUAAAAAAAUAAAGUUUUUUCAUUUAUAUUUUUUAAAUCACAAACAAUACUAAAUGGUUGCAGAGGUUCGGCUGAACAACUAAAAAAAAACAACUCAAACAGGCUUUUCCAUACAAAAACACAGAAAGUAUAGUAGUCUUAUACUUUUUCAUUUAUUUUUCCUUAGGUGUCUCAUGCUGACAAAGAUUUAACAGCUUUCCAAAUUAAAAAAAGUUUGCAAUUUCUAUGAAAAUUUAUUUUACCGGAAAAAA